AGCAGCAGCAGCAACAGCACCACCAUCACCGCCAACAUAAGCAACAACGAAAACAGACAGACGGAUAGAUGGAUGGACUAACAGAGGUGGAAUAGUAGUGGGAGAUAUCGAAGUGGGGUGCAACACCAGAGCAAUUCCUCGUGCGCGCGGGUGAUUAUCGGCCGACGUCGUUCGACUCUCGUGGAGGCCGCGUGACCGCGGUUCCCUUCCAAGCACAUUUCUGUGUGCACCACAGACACGAUACAGCCUCCGAUCGUCUUCCAACAAUCGUUCAUAUCAAGUGUAUUCACAGAAAUUAUUAUCACAAUUUUAUUUAAUUAAUUAAAAAAUUUUAAAAAUUUACAAACAACAACAACGCCAACAAUAACAACAAACAAAUAAUAAAAUUUAAAAAGCAAAUAAUUUAAGAUUUAUAUUAUUUUUUUCAUCUAAUUGUAAUUUUUUUUUUUAACUUCAUUACGAAAUAUAUAAAAUAAAUUAAUUAAUUAUUAAACGCGUAAUCCACUUAAUGUGAGACGAAAUUGGAGUAAGACAUUCUUGAGACGUUUAAAAAUAUCGUGCUCGUUUUUUAACUUAGACAAAUAAAAAAAAAAAAAAUUAAUCUAAAUACCCAAAGUACUUGAAAGUGUUGUUUUUUUUUUUUUCAUUUUAAAAUAGACAAAAUGUUGUUUUUAUUGUUUGACAUUGCUAGAGAUAUCAAUUGUCAUUUGUCAUCAUCGAGACUACUGAUAUUACUGAUCAGACUAAUGUCAAGCUAAAGUGUCAUUUUAAAUAUAAAAUAUAAAGUGCGAAAUAUUGUUUUAAAUAAUAAUUUUAAUAUUAUUUUUAUUUGCCUAAUGACAAUUGAAAUAAUAAAAAAAUUUCAAGUGUUUUAUAUAACUCUAAAAUUAUACUUAACAAUUUUCAAAGGGUUGUUUUAAACUUGAUGAUAUAAAAUCAGAAAAAAAAAAAAGAAAAGUGAUACGAGUGAAAACUUGUAUAUUAUUGGUUGACAAAAGUAAUUGACCUGUCUGAAAUGUGAAGUGCUGUUGACCGGCGCUGUGGUUUGAUUGUUUGGCGGGAGAAGUGUUGGAGCCGGUUGAGAUCAAGCAAGUAACUGAUAGUCAGCGGCGCAGGGCGCCUGAAAUGACGGGCACGCGACGGGGUACUGCACCGCCCCGACAACGAUACAAGACCAUCCUCUUGACACCAAUCAUCGGACUUUUACUUCAAGUACACACUGUUUCAGGUGGAAUUUGCUGGUCCUCGAUAAGCAACGGCAAGUGUAAGGAGUUGCUGUCUCAAGGGGUAACCAGACAAGAGUGCUGUGCAUCGAAUGCAGCAGCUGCAACAGCCUAUUCCGAGGAGGAUCUUGACAGUGGAAGUCUCUUUUUCUGGAGAGUCCUUGGCGGUGGAGUCAUUUGUCGACCCUGCAGAGAAAGUUGUGCAGAGGUACGUUGUGACGAGGGUAAAAAGUGUGUUGUACGUCGUGGUAGGCCACGUUGUGUCUGCAGUCCAGAGUGUAAAGUACCACGUGGUGGUAGUGGUCCAGUUUGUGGUACAGAUGGUAGAAGUUACAAAAGUCUUUGCAGAUUAAAAAAACGUGCAUGUAAAAAAGGCAGCCAAGAACUUACUGUUGCAUACAACGGUCUAUGUCAAAGUUCAUGCGAACGAGUACACUGUGGCCAGGGACGAAGCUGUUUACUGGAUCAAAAUCUGAGUCCACAUUGCGUAAAAUGCGCAAGAAAAUGUCCUCAAGCACCAGGGAGUACACGGCCUAUUUGCGGAGCCGACGGAAAUACUUACAAGAGCGCUUGCCACCUGCGUCUUGCAGCAUGUCGAGCUGGACGAGCAAUUCCCGUUGCUUAUAAAGGCCAUUGCAAACAAAACGCAGACUGCACAACAAUUCGUUGUCGAGAGGGUCAAACAUGCCUGACUGAGAUGAACUCUGGUCGACCAAGAUGUGUAACAUGCACCUACCGAUGUCCUCGUAAAAGAGAAAAAAUACGUAAAAAAGAACGUAAUAGAGACUGGGAAAAUCAACAUGAUCCAGUUAAUACUUCAUUAUUAUGUGCAACAAAUAAUAUAACAUAUCCAACAUGGUGUCACAUUGUCAAGGAUGCUUGUAUCACUGGUUUUGUCCUGGAGACUAAACAUGCUGGUCCAUGUGACAUUCAUGACACCUCUUUUUAUACAGAAGAUGAAAAUACAACGUCAACGAAUUACAGUGUAGAUCUUGCCGAUGAAGAACAACGAAGUCCUUCACCAGGAAAAUCUCUGCAAAUGCAUCAUCAAUUUUUUUCGUAGCUUUUUUAUUUUAAUAUAUUUAUCACUGUCAUUACCAUCAUUAAUAUUAUUAUUGUCAUUAUUUUUAUCGUCAUCAUUAUCAUCUUCAUCAUCAUCACGGACAUAUACAUUAUUCUUUUACUAGAUGAACAAGAAAAAAAAAAAUAAAUAAACCUGAAAAAGUAGUUAGCGUGAUAUCAAGUCACGUUAUUUAUUUGACUUGGUUAACUCGACAAAUCGGCAAUCCAUUGCAAUUAUUUUUUUUUUACUUUAAUUUAAUUCAAUUUGUCAUUUUAUUAUUUUUAUUUUUUUUUUUGUUAUAAUUUUUACAAUGACCAUUAACAAUUUAAUCUGGUCAUAGUAUUAUCACCGAAAGUAUUAGAUUUUAAAAUAAAAAUGAUAAAAAAAAGAUAAAAAAAAUGAAAAAACAAAUAUUGUUAUAAAAAUAAUAAUAAUGAAAAAUUGCAAAAAAAAAAAAAAAAAAAAAAAAUUAUAUAUAUAAAUUGUCACUGCGGAGAUGGACCUUUAUCAGCCGUAUUGUCAGUAGUCUAACCAUCGUCGUACUUAAUUUAUUUGUAGAAUUAAAAUUCAGUGUAUAUUCAAGUAUAAUUGUUGAUACCCUUGUGGGUGUUGACGUCUUCCACCGUGAAUUUAACUCUAAAGUGGAAGUGGAGAGAGUGAUAAUAAUAAGAGUGUAUGAAUGAAAAUUUGAGUGAGUGAAAUAUAAUUUAAAAAUGCCGAGGGCGAAAAAAAAAAAAAAAACUAUAUCACAGAAGAACAUAUCAAUGGAAAAUCAAGGAAAUUUUGUCUAUUGCCUUCGGCUAUUUUAUUUAUAAAAUAAUAAAUAAAUAAAUUUAUAUCUAUGUAUGAAGACGUAUAGUUUAUAAAAAUUGCUAACUGCAUGUUGCUUCCUUUUGACUUUGAACGAGGUAAUUUUCAAGAUAUUAUUAUAAGUAUAAAAACGAUGAAAUAUAAAAAACUAAAUAUGUAUAAAAAUUAUUAUUAUUAUUAUAAACUUGAAAUAAAAAUCCUCGUUCACACAAUUAGACCAAAUAUGUAGCUGUAAUUUAGAAUCAUUGGUCUAAAUUGAUUUUAGAAUUUCAAUUAAUUAUUUGAGAAAAAAAUUUAAAAUAAAAAUAAUUAAUAUACAAAAGAGAUUAUAAAAAAUAAUUUAAAUUUCGAAAAAUAAAAAAUUAUUGUUGUAGGUAAUGCAAGGAGAAAAGGGCCAAUUUAAUUAUUGUCAAAAAAAAAAAGUAAUAAGGUGCUAGAAAAUUUCGAUUUGAAAUUUUAAAAAGAAAAAAUAAAAAAAAAUAAAUGCCAAAAAAAAAAUUCAUUUCGAUGUAAAAAAAUUAAAUUAAAAAGAAAAUUAAAUUAAUGUUUUCUCUCACAUAUAUCCUUGUAGUAAUUUUGUCGAAAUAUUGCCCUACAAUGAAAUUAAUCUAUACACAUAGAAAAAGUAAAAAAAAGUAUUUUUUUUUUAAAGAAUAAAUCGUAAAUAUCUU